AUGCGACCACUUGUCGAUAAAACUUUACAAUCAACAACAUUUCGUGAUGAUGUUGAUUUUAUGCAAAUAUUGAAUCAUUAUGUUCAUACAGAACGUUGUCUUCUUCUAACAACUCUAUUCUGUACAAUUAAAAUUUCUAAUUAUUCUACCACGGAUACACAUAAAAAUAGUAUUGAUAUUGUUGGUUAUUUCUUACAAGAUAAUUUAGUCACAUCUAAACUAGAACAGAUCACGAUUCAGACUGUUCAAAAUCUAUUACAUAUAUUUCUUUAUAAAAACGUGUUCAGCUAUAAAGAUAAAAUCUAUACAUGUACGAAACAUAGUCCAAAUACGAUGUCACUAACAGAUACUUUAUCAAAUAUUUAUCUAUCUGUAUGGCAAACAAGAAUCUUGAAACAACUAAGACAAAAUAAUGAACUCUUUGGAAGAUAUAAAGAUCAAAUAUUUUUCAUAUGGAAUAGUUCGAAUGCAGAGGAUCUUAAUGCUUUCCUACAAACUAUCAGGGACAAAUUUCCUACUGUUCAAUUUCAGAAAUUAAUUAGAUCAAGUGUACCAUUCUUGGGUGCAUAUAUUGCAAAUCGACAAGGUAAAUUAUUUAGUCGUGUUGUUCAUCAUCCAAUUAUUCAAAAUUAUACAUUACCAAGUUAG